CACGGUCUGUAAGAAGGACCAGACUUUCGUUUUUUACUCAAACAAAGAUUCUGUCAAAAACAUAAUUCAGGCUUUCACGCAGGAAACGUUGGAAAAGCGAACAAAGAACAGCAAAAUCAGUGAAAGACAGUGUCACCCGAUAUUUUAAGAGGUGGAGUUCUCUAUAAAAUGUCCACACCUCCGUUAUUUAGAGGAAGUGCUUGGGGGAUAUAACAGGCAAACUCCUGUGAUCACUCAGAUUCAUUUUCUCUGCUCACAAGGAUCCAAAGUGCUGUCAUGGCUUCCACUUAUGGAGAUGUCACAAAGAUUCAAACAACCGGAGCAUCUGAGAAAACGGCUCGCCAAGACAAACUCACAGUGAAGGGUGUGGAAGCCUCAUACAAGCUGGCUGAGAAUGAUCUGAAGAGAAUGGACCAGUACAAGAGCAUCAUCACCAAAGUUGGGAGAGCUAAGCAGAUCGAUCCAGCUGUGAUUGCAGGAAUCAUAUCCAGAGAGUCGAGGGCUGGAGCUGCUCUCGUGAACGGGUGGGGUGACCACGGCAAAGGCUUUGGACUCAUGCAGGUUGACAAGGGCAGCCACACUCCAAAAGGCGCCUGGAAUAGUGAGGAGCAUCUUUCUCAGGGAACCAACAUUUUGAUUGAAUUCGUCAAAGCAAUUCAGCAAAAAUUCCCUGCUUGGCCCAAGGAACACCAACUGAAAGGAGGAAUAGCAGCCUACAACUUCGGCCCAGGGAAUGUUCGCACAUAUGAGCGGAUGGACAUCGGGACCACAGGGGAUGAUUACAGCAACGAUGUGGUAGCCAGGGCCCAGUGGUACAAACGCAAUGGCUACUGAGAAAAUCUAUAUAUGCAUAUAUUGCUCAUAUCUCAUGGUCAGUUAGACCUGUGUCUAACUAUAGCUAUGUUCUAAUGUUCUCCAUGCACAUUAAAUCUUCUGCAUGACCUUCCAUGGUCAGUAGUAACCAA